GAAAAAGAGGAAUUAAUUCUGUGACAGAUGAACACCAUUUAUUUACUCAAUACCAACAACAUUAAUAUAUUAUAGUACUACUAGUAGACAGUAGUAGUAGUAGUAGUACAAUAUUAGUAGACUAGGAAACGGUCUUUGUUUUGGUCCUAAAAGGCAGAUAUACAAAUGUGCUAUAAAUAUACAUCAGAUCCUAGUCUGCAACAAAUUGAUCCUAUAAUAGUCCUUACCAAAAUCCCCUGAAAAGUGAAAAAGCCCAUGUGAGAAAGAUUUUCCUUUUGCUGUGACCAAUUUCUCCUGUAAAUUUCCAAGAAUGUUGGGUGAAAAAGAUAGCCCGAAGAAGCCUAAUGUUAGCAACCAUAACAAUAACAAUAGUGGUAGCAAAAAGAAGAAGAAGAAGAAGAAGAGAGGCGGGAGGAAUAAAAAACUGAGUCUUGAACAAACACUUGCCUAUAAAUCUGUGAGUGAGUGGGUUUUUCCUAAUUCUUCUAUUACUGAAGAUGAUGAUGAUGAUUUUGGGGUGGUGCAAUGGAACCACCACAACUGGAAGGAAAAGUUGGUGUUUGAAUUUCACUCUCAUUCUAAUAAAAGUGAUGGGUUCUUGUCGCCUUCCAAGCUUGUUGAGAGAGCGAAUCAAAAUGGGGUGAAAGUCCUUGCUUUGACAGAUCAUGACACACUGUCUGGCAUCGCUGAAGCCCAAGAAGCAGCUUUGAGAUUUGGCAUGAAAAUUAUUCCAGGAGUUGAGAUCAGCACUAUUUUCUCUCCAAGAGGAGGGUCUGGAUCAGAAGAACCAGUUCACAUCCUUGCAUAUUAUAGCAUGUGCGGACCUGCUAGAAUUGAGGAACUAGAUAACGUUCUAAGUGAUAUAAGAAAUGGACGCUUCCUACGUGCGAAAAGCAUGGUUUCAAAAUUGAACAAACUGAAGUUGCCUAUCAAGUGGGAUCAUGUAACUAAGAUUGCAGGUGCAGGUGUUGCUCCUGGUAGGGUGCAUGUUGCUCGGGCUUUGGUUGAAGCAGGUCAUGUAGAGAAUCUGAAGCAGGCUUUUGCCAGAUAUCUUUAUGAUGGGGGACCAGCUUAUUCUACUGGAAGUGAGCCAGAUGCUGAGGAAGCAGUUGAAUUGAUAUGUAGAACUGGGGGUGUCGCAGUUUUGGCCCAUCCUUGGGCGUUAAAAGAUCCAGGAGCUGUCAUCAGAAGAUUAGCCGAAUCUGGCUUACACGGAGUAGAAACUUACAGAAGUGACGGGAAAUUGGCAGUAUACAGUGACUUAGCCGAUGAAUAUGGUCUUGUGAAGCUUGGAGGAUCAGAUUACCAUGCGAGGGGUGGAGCAAACGAGUCUGAUCUGGGUAGUGUUAGCCUUCCAAUAUCGUGUGUGUACGAAUUUCUUGAAGUGGCCAGACCAGUUUGGUUCAAAGCUAUGAUAAGUAUAUUGGAGAUUUAUCUCAAAGAUCCGUCUGAUGCAAAUUUACAGUUAAUCAUCAAGUUUGGUAACACGCAGUUCCGUAAGAGUAUUUCUGCUCUAGCUACUCCAAAUGACUUGAUUAAUCAUUGUUUAUCUACAUGGUUCACAAAGGAAGAAAGAUCGAAUCCAGAACUUGAGUCCAUCAAGCUAAAGCUCUCCUGUAUUUCAGUCCAUCAUGCAGGGCCUGAGAUUCAUGCUGGAAGAACGUAGUUGAUAUCAUGUUCAAAAUUUUGUUUCACAUUUCUUUUAAUCUACAUCUAAGCUGAAAACAGUCAACCUAGUAAUUGAUUUCGUGUAAACUUUUUAUUUUAUUGCUUCAAGUGUUUUAUUCAACACAACUUUUCUGCCAUCCCCUUAUCAUGUUUCCGCCUCGUCUCAAAGUGGUUUAAGAUAUGUGAAAAUGAG